AUGGUGUGUGCCCAGAAGAAGCCAAGUGCCGGCCAGGUGAGAAGGCCCGCUGUUGCUCUGUCCUCUGGGCUCUGCUAUCUGGAGGGUGGCACGGUGCCUGCGUAUCCUACACAGCCUGCAAGGAAGGUCCCUGCUGCCCUUACCGCUGCACACCCCACACCUGCCUGGUUUGGUCUCCCCCUACCCCCUGAACUCUCCGAGGACUAUGUUCAGACGCCUCUUGGAGAUGGCUUCCACGAGGAAUCUCUCUCCCUGGGCGUUGCCACAAAGGAGCUAAGAGCGAAUUCUGAGGACUUCGGGAUCCCCGGUCAUGCCCACUGCGCAGCCCCUUCAUUCUGCCCCGACCUCUCUCUAUGCAAGGAACAGGCGCCGAGGCGCGCCCUUCAGCCGCCGGCCCCGAGCGGGGCGCUCACACGGGCGGCUGCACGCGGAGGGGAUGGUGUCUCGCCGCGCGCUCAGGGGCUCGCGGGAUGGGGGGCCACAGAGCUGCGGAGGCUGGAGGACGACUCUCCCCCGAGACUGGGCGGGGCCGCGGAGACGAACCUGCUGCACGCUCCGCAAAGGGGCCCCGAAACCAGCUUUCCUAGCGCGGUCCUCCCCAUCCGGGCCCCGGCUGCCUCCAGUCGAGCGCUUCGCUCCAGGCCCACCAGGGCGGCGGAGCGCGGCGCGCCCCGGCGAGACGCCGGGUCCGCAGCGCUGGGCCCGCCCCGGACGACCUUGGCCCGGGAGCAGUGCGGGGCGCAGACCCAAGGCCGAGGACCGUCUCCCGUGGCCCCAGUACUGAUGCGUCAUCCCCGACGUCCGCCCGGCCGCCUGAGCCCGGGGUUGGGCCCGGCGCGCUCCGGGCGCCCGCCCGCCUCCGCCGCCCCGCCCGGCCACUCACCUGCGCGGUCCGGGCUGGGCGCGCCGCCUUGCAGCUUCGCGCAGGGUCCACUCGAGGAUGCAAGGCGAACUGGCCCUCGUGUCGAACGGGCGGAUCGACGGGACUCGGAGCGCGCCGGGCCGGCGGAGCGCGAGUCCCGAGCCCUCACGGCCCGGCGCGGGAGGAGGCGGCCCCAGCCCGGCGGGGGAACAAAGAGGAGCCGGGAUGGGGCGGCGCGCUUCCUGGGUGUCGGGUGCCCCGACACCCCGCCGCCCUCCGACUCCGGAGUUGCCGAGGUGCGUGGAGCGCAGCUCGCAGGAACCCCGAGCCGGGUUGGGGGAGGGGAGGUGCGUUCGGAGCUGGGGCGCACAGUGGGGCCCCAGGACCGACUCCCUGGCUCCCCGCACAAAGUUCCGCAGUCUCAGGUGUCUGGCCACCGCUGCCGCCGGGAACAAAGGCUGCCUGUCCCGGAAGGGGGAGGGGGAGAGGAGCCGCCCCCAGACCCGUCCCAUCCCCCUUCCUUCCCCACUGAGGCGGCGGCUCCCCCGGGAGGGGAGGGCCCGCCCUGGCUCUGGGCGCGGACGCGGAUUAGGCCCCCAGCCCUGAGCGUGCAGACAGUUAGCGCCCUGUCCUCGGCUCCCGCGAAGGGCCGGGCUUCUGGGCGGGGCCUGCUCUGCCGAGAAGGUCGCUGCCAGCUGGUGGGGGAGGCGAGACCCCCGCCGGAAGCACGCGGCUCUCGAGGUCCCUCCGCCUGCGCAGCCAGGCCUGGGGCGCCGGGCGCCGGCACCCGGACCCGGAGACGAGCGAGGGGUGUCUCCGUCGUGCUGGAGUUGCUGGGUGAGGUCAUCCACCCUGGACUCCGGCUCCGCGCGGGGGGCUGCAUGGAGGGCUGUGUGUGGUACGGCCCCGACCAGCCGGUGCGGCGGGAGACCCGUCUGUACCUGCGCUGA